AUGAAUGGCAAUGUGAUAAUAGUGGCAGUUGAUGCAAGCAAAGAGAUCACAGACUAUGCACUCGAAUGGGCAGUACGCAACCUGAUCAAAGCCAUGGAUUCUUUGAUUCUUCUCGCUGUUGUUCCUUCAUGUGGACGUCCUCUGGCUAGCCGAAGCCAGACCCAUCAGUUUCUUUCUUGUCUGCUAAAGAAACUGGGUCUUAGGCAGGAGGAGAGUUCAACAUCUGAUCAGGCGGGCCUUGUUAAUAGAGCUCAGGAUGAUGCAUCCAAUCGAAUCAACGGUGUCUGUGUUCAGAUGAUGCAGCAACUGUGUUUAGCCCACAAUGUCAAGCAGGUCCAAACUGCAGCUGAAGUUCUAGCUGAUGCAGAGAUGGGGGCGGUUGCUACAAAAGCCGGAGAACUAGGAGCAACCUGGAUCAUUCUGGAUAGGCGGUUGAAGAAGGAAAGCGAUUGCUGCCUGAAGCAACUGGACUGCAACGUCGUACUUAUAGACCAUGCCAUCCCAAGGAUCCUUAGGGCGGUUGAUCCACCAAAAUUAAGAAAACUUGCUACGAGGGAACUUCAAACCGAUCCUACAGUAGCUGACAUGCUUGGCAUUAUUCCUACUUAUAAUCUCGCUUAUAAUCCUGAUUGCAACAGUCUAACAACCAGAAGCAGUCUCGGUUUAGAUAGCCCUUGUAAUGGAACGGAUGCCUCAUCCUUCAUGUCCAAUGACAAGGACAAGUUCAGUAAGGCCAGCCCUUCAGUUGCUGACCUCAAACCGGUUGGUUCCACUUUUCAUCUGAACUCUCAGUACUUCCACCAAGUAGUGGAAGUGGAAGAAGAAAGAUUUGACUUCACCCCUUCAUACAGUAAAUCUCAGCCAUUGGCAAUGGUGCCGAGAUUAGACACUGUCCAGUCACCUCAAAAGUCACCAGCCUGCACGAUGAAGGAGAAAACCAAGGCCUGCAAUGCUCUUCCAAAGAUCCAAAAUGAUGAGAACAGAGGUACUAGAAGAUCAAUUGAUUCGCCGCGCAUGUGGAGAAACUUGGGGAGUCCAAAGCAAUCAACUCAGCUGACUACCAGAAGAGACUCUAUGGCUACCAACAGAAUUGAACCAAUCACGUCUCCUCUUUCUUCAACCAUCGACAGAACUUCAAGCAUCAGAAAAACCAUGUCACUUUCCAUCAAACACCCACCCACUCCCCCACCCCUUUGCUCAGUUUGCAAGCACAAUGCUCCAAUUUUUGGCAAGGCACCAAGGAAAUUCGACUACAAAGAAAUCAUCAAAGCAACAGAUGGGUUUUCGAGGCAGAACUUCUUAGCAGAAGGUGGAUAUGGUGCUGUCUACAGAGGGGUCUUGCCUGACGGGCAGGUUGUUGCAGUGAAGCAACACAAGAUGUUGAGUGCACAAGGAGCGUCAGAGUUUUGCUCCGAAGUUGAAGUACUGAGGUGUGCACAGCAUAGGAAUUUGGUGAUGCUGGUGGGAUAUUGUGUGGAGGUCAAGUGGAUCCUUGUAUACGAGUUUGCUUGCAAUGGCUCUUUGGACAAGCAUUUGUAUGGAAGAGAAACAAAUGAAGUAAUGAGUUGGGACAGUAGGAUGAAGGUUGCAUUAGGAGCUGCAAGAGGUUUGAGAUAUCUUCAUGAAGAUUGCAGAGUGGGUUGCAUCGUGGGUGAUUUUGGUCUAGCAAGAUGGCAAGCAGACGGCCAAACAGCUGAGGAAACACGGGUUAUCGGUGCAUUCGGCUACUUGGCGCCCGAGUACACGCAGACUGGACUAAUAACAGAGAAAGCUGAUGUAUAUGCAUUUGGAGUUGUUCUGUUAGAGCUGUUAAGUGGCUGCAAGGCCACAGAGCUGUCCAGACACUUGGGACAGCAACUCCUACUAGACUGGGCAAGUUUGAUCCCUUACCCUCAAUUGUUUCUGGCUUCUGAGAAAAACAUAAGGGGUUGCCCACUGCUUGAGAUGAAGAUGAUAGAUCCUAGAUUGGAGGAUAACUAUGUAGCGAAGGAAGUAGAGUGUAUGAUGGUUGCAGCCAGCUUAUGUCUCACCUCACCCGGAAAAGAGACCCAGAAUGUUUUAAAAAUAUUGGAAGGAGAUGUGCCUGGUGAUCAUAUGGCUAAUCGUAAUGGACAUCAUAUCUCUUUUUACCAGAAACAAGAGUCGAAGAAGGUUUAUGGUGCGGAUAAACCAUUGAAUGAAACAAUAGUUCACAGCCCUUCCUCACAUUUGAUGAGACUGAAGCAUCAUAUGAAAUUCAGUCCAUCCAGAGUGAGGCCACCUAAAUAUAAUGACUGGAAUGGCUCAUUCAAGCCCAUGACACCCUCUGAUAAGCGCAAUGAGAUCUUACUUUUGAGACAAUCAAUCCUACUGGAGGGAUGUCCAUCAUCUAUUCUACUACUGGCAUUGUGGUUUGAAAACCACCCCCUGCACCCAGAUGAAGAAAGUUGCAGGGAGAGGACACCCAUUUGUAUCUAUGCCGCCCCUGGGAGUUCCAUAGUAAAUUCUCUGAAGAAAUUACAGUUACUCAGGUCAAAGCUCCAUCCAGAGAGGCCCUUGACCUCUCUGCUGAAUACCGAUCUCAGACACAGGGAGUGCAGAUUGGGAGCAAGGGGAUACCACUAA